GGCUAAAUAUCUCCUAAUCCAUCUAAAAUUCUACAACCAUUAAAAAUAGUUCUGCACUCGUCUAUGACUGAUCGAUUCAUCAACUCCCUUUCUACAAUCUGAAGAAACUAUGGAUUUUUGCAGGGGCAUGCAUAUCUCAAAAGAUCACAGCAGUAGCAGCUACCUUGCUGCUAUCUUCGGUCUUUUGUUUGUUGGCUGUGUCUAUGUGCUCAUCGCCAACCCAGAUAGAUCCAAUACUUUUGUUGCUUUCCGAGAUUAUAUUUCGCAACCCUCUACGGCGGUAUGCACCUUUAAUUUCUUUCUCUUAAAUAUUUCUUCUUUCUUUUGUUCUAGCCCUCUUCAUAUAGAUGCCCUUGAAGCAGCUUUGGCCGCGACAUCAACAGCUAACAAGACGCUGAUAAUUGCGAUGGUGAACAAGGCCUACGUAGAGGGUGAUAAGCCAAUGCUAGACAUGUUCUUGGAUAGCUUUUGGCUUGGGGAAGACACUAGAGAUUUAGUGAAUCAUCUUCUGCUUGUUACUGUGGAUCAAACGUCCUUUGAACGGUGCAAUUUUCUCCGGCUUCAUUGCUAUAAACUAGAAACUGAUGGUGUAGCUUUCGACGGAGAGGAAGUUUACAUGUCCGAUGAUUUUAUCAAGAUGAUGUGGAGAAGAACUCUGUUUCUCAGUGACGUGCUAAAGAGGGGCUACAACUUUAUUUUUACGGAUACUGAUGUACUGUGGCUAAGGAACCCGUUUCCAAGGCUGAGCCUAAACGAGAGCACAGAUCUUCAGAUCAGCACCGAUGAGUUCAACGGCGAUGAGUGGUCAGAAGGCAACCCGAUAAACACCGGGUUUUACAUGGUAAGAUCCAACAACAAAACCAUUUCAUUGUUCGAGUCAUGGUAUGCAAGGAAAAACAGCUCCGCCGGACAGAAAGAGCAAGAUGUUUUAGACAGAAUGAUGCAUGAAGGAGUGUUCAGAAAGCUAGAGCUUAGAGUGAGGUUCUUGGAUACCCUCUAUUUUAGUGGCUUCUGCCAAGAUAGCAGGGACAUCAGGGCUGUUUCCACCGUUCAUGCCAAUUGUUGCCGGACGAUUAGUGCCAAAAUUGCUGAUCUAACAGUUGUUAUCCAAAGUUGGAAGACACUCAAGAGCUCUCCCUCUCCCUCUGCCAAUGUCACAUCCACAUUUGGAAGGUUGAAACAUGUAGCCUGCAGGGAAUCUUGGAAAAAUUUGUGACUUUAUUUUAUUUAUUUUUUCAAAUUAUACAGCAUCAUAUUUUUG